AUGAGAUCUGGCAUACCACAUAUUAAAAAGUUGUACAGUACCUUUUCAUUAGACUUGGUUGAGCCAGUUCAAAAUACUGUUAUAGCUGCAGCCAAUGGCAAUAAUAUUCAUACACCAAAUUUCAUAGCAAAUACAUCAAUAACAUUAGGAAAUGAGAAUAAUAGUGGUACAAUGGUGAUGACCAAUAAAAAAAGCAAUAAUGUUGUUACUCUAAAAGCCGAACUAUUAAAUGUUCAAGAAAACCUAAAUGUUUUGAAAAAAAACUUUAAAUUUCUUCAGGAUUUUCAACCCAAUGCUUCUUCUUCCAUGCCUGCUUUGUUGACAUCUAGUAAACAAAAUUUCCACGCAAGCAACAUUAACUCCUAUUUCGACAAACAAUUGCUAAAAAUGUAUUACAAUGAUUCUACUACUUUACCAUCGAUAAAUAAACAUGAGUUUCCUAGUAUUAUUCAUUAUGGAAUUUCCAUUGAAAAAGAUUUUGGAAAUCUAGAUAAAUUAUGGAUUUACUUACAAAAUACUGAAAGCUUGUAUGAAAAUAAAGAAUUAUACAUGUGGGAUGCUUUAAAACUAUUGGAAAAAAAUUUAACUUUGGGGAGAUUUACCCAAUCCUCCAAGAUAUUUCAUUAUCUUUUAGACCAUAAUUAUAAUGGAGAGAUUCCUCUAUAUAAUGCCAAGUUUUUGACAAUUUAUUUGAAAUUAAAGGCAGGUACGUUAAUUAAGUAUACGUGGGUUUCUACGGCAGGGUUUUUGAAUGGUGAAAACGAGUAUACAAGUAGAAUAGUUACCAAGUGCAGAAAAAAUCAGAAAAAAAUGAAAAUUUGGAAAUAUGAAUAUGAUAGAGCAUUGAAAUAUGUUAACACAUAUUACUUGAAUGACUUAGAAAAUUGGAAGACAAAUAGAACUUUGGAAUUAGAAACUAAUAUAUUAUAUAUGUUUGCUAAUUUGAAGCCAGCUUCUGCAUCUAAAGCAUUAUUAGAUAGAUAUAUUAAAGAGACGUGGUUUAAUGAAGAACUGCCGAUCCUGGCCAAUAGUAACAUUGCACCAAAUAGUUAUUUGUUAAUUAGUAUUGUUAAAAGUUUCACUCAUAUUGGAGAUUUUAGGAAAGGUAUGGAGUAUAUUGAUUUGUUUUUAACCAAGUAUGGCAAUAACAUGUUAACAUUAGAUUCUCCCUUUUGGUUUCAAUUGUUCAAUCUCUCUGAAGAAAUAUAUAACAGUGGUAUGGACAAAGAGGGGUUGAUUGCAAUGAAUAUAUGGGAUCUUUUAAUAAAUUAUAGUGGCAAAAAUAAGGAAUUAGACAUUCAUUUCCCCCUUUAUGGAUUAUUACCUUAUUAUAACAUUUUAAAGCAAACUAAUAAUAUUAAAAAAUUGAGUGAAUUUUAUUUCGAGAUAUUUAAAAGGGGUCAUAAAUUUGUUGUUGGCUAUAAUAACAAUAACGAUUCAUUGCGCAAAUUAUUUAUUAAGUGCCAAAAAGUUUUGAUUUGCAAAAGCCUGUACAGAAACCAAAUAAAAUCACAAGCAUUUAUUAAAAACUUUUCUAUUGAUGCAGAUAAUAAGAAAGAACUAACGGAGUAUUUUAAAACUUGCAGAGACAAAGAACUUAAACGAAGAAAGGGUAAAAUCGAAAAAGAUAAAAGAUUACAAGCUAAAUAUGACAGAGAAGAAGAAGAAGACAAGUUAUUGGGUGAACUAUGGUGA